GGCUAUUGUGAAAACGUCAUUUGGGAUAUAAAUAGGGGGAAGUCAUCAUCAACCUACUGAACGACAUAGCUUGUUUUGGCUGUUCGGAUUGACCGAAGCAAGUCCUUCUGAAAGCAGUCCAGUUGUUGCAGUGCCAUGGCACGUACCAAGCAGACCGCCCGUAAGUCCACCGGAGGCAAGGCUCCCCGUAAGCAGCUGGCCACCAAAGCUGCCAGGAAGAGCGCCCCCUCUACCGGUGGAGUCAAGAAGCCCCACAGAUACCGACCAGGAACUGUGGCUCUGAGAGAGAUCCGUCGGUACCAAAAGUCAACAGAGUUGCUCAUCCGCAAGCUGCCCUUCCAGCGUCUUGUUCGUGAGAUUGCUCAGGACUUCAAGACCGAUCUGCGUUUCCAGAGCGCAGCCAUUGGAGCCCUGCAGGAGGCCAGUGAGGCAUACCUGGUGGGUCUCUUCGAGGACACCAACCUGUGCGCCAUCCACGCCAAGCGCGUGACCAUCAUGCCCAAGGACAUCCAGCUGGCACGGCGAAUCCGAGGGGAGCGUGCUUAAGAACACUUCUUUCUUGUACUCUGGUUUUUCUCUAAAUGGGUGAGGGUGGGGGUGGGUUGGGUGGGUGAGGGCAGGCAGAUGGGGUAAGUCUUUAAAUCUGAACUACAAAUGCUUGUUCUUGUAGGUUUUUUGCGUUUUAAUUUUUUGUAAUGUUUGGUAGGAUGGGUAGGGGGACAGGGGGAACUUGUGGGGGUAUAUAUAAAUAUAUUUUUCAGUUCUACAAGUAGGCAGCAUUGUGCAGAACAUUCCUAAAGUUCCUCUCAGGAUUUUACACUUCUAUUUUAGACUUUUGGUAUACUUCUGCCACCGUAUUUUAGUCUGCAUGAAUUAUGGUGACUUAGAUUGUCUCUAUUUUAUUUUUCCUCCAUUGUGGCCAUUUGGUUGUAAAUAAACGUUCCACUACCUCAA